AUGAUUCUUUGCAGGAUACCGAAUGGCUUAUACGGUAAAAAUGUAGGGGUCAAGAAUGUAAACACUUUUUGAUAUAUAUUUUGGUAAAGAAACCAACUUCAAAACAAAUUAUGUUGAUACAUAACAAAGGACACUUUCAAACACUCUAAUCAAUUUUAUCGGUAAAUACGGCAUUUGUAGUCAAAUUUAAAAUGCAGACAUAGGUAGAGCACCCCUUGAAGGAAUAAUAGUUUAAUCCAAAUCUGCAAUACUGUCAAUGUCACGUUUGUUGCAUUGGAAAGCUAACUGUCCGAGUGAGUGUGUCUGUAAUUAUAUUAGAUAUGUAUAAGUUAAACAGUAUUUCAGUUAGUUCUUUGAGUAACGUUUGCAGACAGCUGGCCGCCUCCCUGCAGACCAACAGCAGCUCUCUGUAAGUAUUUAGGGACACGGUUUCCCUGUUUUCCUGUUAGCUAACAGCUGAUUCUGUGGGAUGAAUGUGACAGACGCUCCUAAUAAGCCUUGGGAGGUAACUGAAUGAUACGAAAUGGAGUCUCGUGUUGUGUAUAUGUGUUUAGAUGUGGAAGCAGCGGGCUGAAGAGAACAUUAUGCAGCAGCACAGUCAAACUUCAGGAGGCAGCAGCAGCACCAACUCCAGCAUCAGGGUCCGAGAAAACCUCCAGAGAAUUCAGGUCAGACAUCCCUGUAAAUAAGCAUGUCUAUGUCCAGGUUAAUUUUACAUCCUUUUUAUAAGUUAUUCACCUCAUGUUUGAUUUCGCAGCCAUUUUCCCCCAAUCCCUGGUCAGGACAGUCCUCUGAGAUGGGCCGGAAAAAAGUUUGAAGAGUUGCCAAUCAUUCACGUUAAAGCCACAUACAACAAGUAAGUACUAAUGCCUGUCAGAGUUGCCUCAAAAGCUUUUACGACCUGUUCCCUGAUAUGUUUUUAUAGGGAGGUCCGGGGAUCGGUGUAGUGUUUCGAACGAUUCGUUCAAAAGAACCGAAUCUUUUAAGUGGACGUACGGAACCGAAGCAUUUCCUUGAGUGAUUCGUUCAUUCAUUCAUCUCACUUCAGGUCAACUGAAGUGAGAAACAGCAUUGCCAGUCAAGCAGCCGGCUAACGAGGGGCGUGAAAGAUCACGCAUUGAACUACACUCUCUGGAAUCAGUUUUGUCAGACAAAACUACUUUUUUUUUUUUUUUAACUGCUAAAUUGCCACCACAACAACUUGUCUACAAUAGGACACAGCAUGAAACAAGUGGUGCAUUAAACCCGCAGCAUCCUACCAUUGCAGCGGUUUGCGAGGGAACGAUGCAUGCUCAGUGUGAAUUCUUCUAAACUUUCUGUGAACGAAUCACUCACUGAGCCCAAUUUACCAAGCAGACCUGAUAAAUAAUGUACCAUAGGACAGUACACACAAAACAUCAUGACUUAUAAACAAGUUCAUUUUUACAAACCUGUUUGCUAAAGCCACAACACUCUCAUCUCCUGGUCCCAGAAACUAUGAUCGGAACUGAAUCCUGAACCGUUCAGCUGUGUAUCAUUUAAGGAGAUCGGAGUCGCAGGCUUCUCCUGCCAAACUCUACAUGAUUCGGUGAUUUGGUGAACAAAUCUUUUGAAUGAAUCUUUUUAGUGAACUGGUUCUAGUGUUUCAGUACAUUUAAAAGAACUGCCGUGCCCAUCACUAGAUCAGUGAAAAUAAUAAGAAUUUAAUAAAACAAUGACAUUAGUAAAAAUUGGCAUGGUAGAAAUGAUAGAAAGUAUAGCAACUACAGGUAAAAAUCAUUUCAAUCCAAGAAGAGUAGCACGCUGAGCAACUGGAACAUGCAGUCACAAAGUCAUCCUUAAAACAUUCACAGUUCUUAGUUUCAUUGAAAGACAAUUAAAUUUCCAAAGUCUCUCUAAAUUUGGAGUUUUUAGCUCAGAUACAGAGCUGACGCAUUAGCCAGUCGGACACAAACACUACUAGGGGUGGGAGAACAAAAUCAAUUCACAUAAGUAUCGUGAUUUUUUUGUUUUACAAUUUUGAAAUCGAUUUUUUUGGUCAAAAAUCUUUUUAUUUUUUUCAAAGUUAAGAAUAAAUCUUAAAAACUGACUUACAUAUGUUGUAUAUUUUGGGAAAUAUGGUGCCUGGAAUAGUCAGUAGACAAUCAUAAUCACUCAACUGCUUCACUGGUGUUAAAAAUGCAGACUUAAAGUCGAGAAAAUCGACAGUAUCAUAGAAUCACAAUUUAAAUCGAAUCAACAUCUAAAAAAAUCGUAGAAAAAUCAAAUAGGGAGAAAAGCAUAUUGUCCCAGCCCUAAACACUACUGUUGAAUUACUGUUGUUUCAUGCAUACUGUCAUGUGUUUCAUGGAUUUCUGCAAAAUGGAGGUUCAGAACUGCAAGAGCUUCCUGUGUAGCAGUAUUUGAUACUAAAACUCACUCUGCCAUAACUUAAAAAAGCCCAAGCAUGAAUUGUUCAUUUCUUACUUAAAGGCAGUUUUGGGGUAUAAAAAGACUAUGAAGACAUUUGACUAUUUGUCAUUUCAAGUAAAAAAGAUGGACGUAGUCAAACAGGCAAAGUAUAAACUAUGAUUCUUUCUCUAACCCAGGUGAGAUCUUAAAAAAGGGCUAAUGAUCGAGUGUGUCCAUUAAGCAGGAGAUUAUUUAUAGCACGGAAUCAAAGGCAGACCUCAUGAGAACAUCUUGCUUAAUACUUGUCGUGAGGACCGCUUAUUGGGAACAUUUAACUUGUACUCAGAGUCACAGUGUGGUUAAUAUGUUCUGUUCUGUUCCAGCACACACAUCCAGCUGACGGACAGCGCAGGACAGUCUCUGGUCAGGACGUCCUGUGGUACAGAAGGCUUCAAGAACGUCAAGAAGUCGACGCCUAUUGCUGCUCAGACUGCAGGAAUCUCUGCUGCAGCAGUGAGUGACAGUGAUGAUAAUAGAAAAUCUUUAUAUACGGAGCACUUUUCUAAACUCCCCGAGGGCUCUACGUAAAUAAAACAAAGAAUAUGUUCUCUAUGAAAAAGAUGAACUCUUAGUGAAGAAACUCAUCCCCUGAUAUAUAUGCUCUACUAAUAAGUAACACAGCCCUCUACCUGGCCCCUAAUGCCACUCAUGUCUGGAACAUCAAAAUAAGUGGGUGCAAAUGGGCAGCAAGCACAAGAACAUUACCAGGAUUAUCAAGUGGGCACCUUCCUAAACAGUGUUUUGUCAAGGUAGGCUGAGGACAUGAUUGAGAGGCUUUACAGACAGCUCCAGUGUCAGCAGAAAAAUGUCUGAGUUUUUCUGACACCCUACCUGACUGUGAGAGAUCGAUGUCUGUGUGUUACCCUGAGACACAGGAUCAAAAGUACAUGGCGAUCUCUCAUAAUAUUAAAAUCCAGUCCUAAUUUUUCUGUCUGAAUUAUUUAAGCCUCAUGAAGAAAUUUGUGUUUGUGUUAAAUUUGGAGCCCUCUUUAGACACAGUGAUGUGUCUUAUUUUCUGUGAUGUUCUCCUGAACAAGUUUAGGUAGUGCUUAUGAGAGUAUGAUAAAAGAGUAUGAUGGUGGGUCUGCCCCUAGUUUCUUCAACCUGUUGGGAUAUGUCUUGUCUGACUGCUAAACUCUUUAGGUCCUUACACACUGGGGCCGACGCAGAUAUAGAACGCAAAAUUAUGAAAUAUUCUGAGGCGAAUUUUGACGCGCCUGACUGUACACAUCACGCCCGAUGCGAUUUUGCGACUUUCCGGGGGGAAAAGACUUUUCCCGGGGAAAGUCCUGCCUCCUUCGCCUCUGAUUGGCUAGAAAAGCUGGAAAUGUCAUCACACGCUCAAGCCCAAAUGGUCAGCACUUAUAGCCAAUCAGAGGCGAUAAGAUAAGCACAUGAAACUAUGGUAACAAUAGUUAGCUUACAUUAGCACAGAUGAAAGUUAAAACAAAGACGUUUAGCAAACUGUUCAAGCACACAAACUAUCGUCAUAUGAGAGAUCCGACGCUAUGUUGUCCUUCAGGUUGUUAUCUUUGUAAUAUUUGUGUCUUUUAUCAUAAAGCACUCUGUUCUCUUGUAAUCAAUCAGCCGGUCGGAAGUGAUUGGUCAGAAGUGGACACACAGUAUGCGAAACUUUAGAAAAAUCGACCGUGAUCCGAAAAAAUAAGUGCCGCAAUAUCGCAGGAUGGGAAAACAUUGCUGAUGUGAACACUUGUAUUGAAAUAAUCGCAUGACAAAAAUGGUCCCGGUGUGAAAGGACCUUUACAGUACCUAAAAGUGUGGAAAAAUGAUGAGAUAAAAACAUGAUUAUCCCUGAUGGUUUGGCUGCUUCAUGUAGAGAAGUCUGUUUUAUGACCAGCUAAAACCUCCUUAGUACGGCUUUAAAUUUACUGCACUAAGAAAAGUUGCACCAAAGAUAAAUAAAAGGGUCAGUGUUGUCUUGCUUCCCUGAAAUCUCAUUGUAUUCCUCACAUUUUAAGUGGUAUAUUUUGGAUUAUUUAAAUCGUCUCCUCUGCAAAAAAGUAACCCUCUCAUACUGUCACCACAAUAUAUAGGUGUGAUUUAAGAAAUGAUCCAAUUAGAUGGUGAAACAGUUGCAGACCUUCAUUAAGGACUUGUUUGCAUAGAUAUUGGGACACCCAAGCAGGAAAAGCAAUUCAUUUGAAUAAAUAGAUUUAAGCAGGAACCACUUCUUGUUUUUUUUUUUUCACCCUGUGUAACAACAAUUUAAAUGUGUUAAACUUGUGUAGUAAAUAAGCUGCCCUCAACAAGAGGCUGUGACAGAGAGCAGCAGAAGGUCUUAUUUAGACUCUAAAUUAGCCUGAUUUAUGCAGACUGCUGGCUAACAGGGUUAGAGUCGCACUGAUUCACGGGCUGAAGUGUUUAUCACUGUUCCUUCAAGUCUUUUAUCACGUUAGAGAAUGUGUUGUUGAGAUUGUUGUGAACACUGGUCUGCUGUGUUCAGAUAAGGAGGAGUUCAUAUGAACAUAUUGCAACGUCAGAGUAACUCUAAUAAGGGCUGUAACUGUUUUUGGUUUUAUCAUCCAUUGAUCCAAUUGACAAAAUAAGCUACCAAUCAGCUCAAACAACUCAAGAUUUGUGUUUGACCUGGAGAACCAAAAGAUAUGGGGCUCUAUUUCCGUGCCCGCCGGCGGUGUGGCGGCGCUUACAGUGACACUUGUUGAGGUGCUGCCCUCUGUCGCCAUCGUGUGGCAUUGCUGUCUUCAGCCACCCUUGAUCUCUUUGACUGCUGCACGAAAACUGUAACACGCCUCGCCAGUGGCGGAUUUCAAGGUGAGGUGAGGAGAGGAGCUGAUGUGAUUGGUGAAAACAGGUCUCGGCUGAGUUAAAUCCACUCCAUGCCCUCUCUUCUCCCUCUCUACGACUUACGCCGCUGGGAGGACCUGAAUAAUGGAGGGGGGUACUUGUGCCUUGUUGGCACGGCGGACCUGACCCACGCUGCGCCACGUCGCCGGCUAGGCACGGAAAUGGAACCCAUGAUCUUAACUGUGAUGCUGAUAGAAAAAAGCAGUUAAACAGUUCAGUAAUGUUAACACUCAAUGGUUAUGAAACACAAUCAUCAAAACUAUCUCCACAAAUUUGAUCUGCAGUAACUGUUUGUUUUUUCUUUACUGAUUUCUUACUGACUCAAAGUUAAAAACUCCAGUUUUGCUGUAAAUGUGCACAUCAGUCCAAUCUGUGUCUCUCCUCUCAACAGAAAGCCACAGCGAAGGGAGUGACGUUUGUGCGAGUUGUGGUCAGAGGUCUGGGCCCCGGACGUCUGGUGAGUAAAAGGAAAUAUUAAGUGUGUUUUGUGUGUUACCAAGUCCUUUUGUAUUUAUAGAUCCUACACACACUUUACCCUACCACUAUUCUUUUUUAAUGUUUGCUGGUUGCAGGUCUAAAUGGGUCUCAAACUGACAUAUUGGUAUUGAAAAAAAAUUUGACCGCAUGCUUUGAUAAAAAACUGCUUUAAAACAUAAGGAAAGAAGGUUUUGCGUGAUUGUAACUGUUUUGUGAGAUAUUUUGUGGAUUCAGACUCUAUAGUUUAACAUACUCUGCAGAAAAAUGAACAGUGUGGCGAUUUAAUGAAGUCAGAUUAGCAUUUUUCAAGUUACACUCAAGAUAUUCACAUUUAUUUAAAAGUCUAUCUUAUAAACAGUCCGUUUGUUUUUCACCUGUUGUAAUCCAUAUUGAUCUCAGAAAUCUCAUCAGUCAGGCUCAAGUAUAUUGUUAUUUGCAUUGCUAUUUAAAGCUCCUAUGAGAAUUUUUAGCAGGUCAUAAAAAAGAUUGAAUUUAGUGUUUGUGUCGCUCCUCUAUAUAGUCACUAAAAUGGCCCAAACUUUACAAGACACACCACUAAAUUGUCUCUUUUAUUAAUUUAUUUCUUUGUCAUUAUUAGUAUAUUUUUUUGCGUUGUUCACAGUUGACUGAUUUAACAUUUGAUGAUUCAAGAGCAGGUCAGAUGUUUUAUUUAAUCAUAACAAACGAGAAAAGAAAAUGUCUUACGUAACAUUUAUUAAAUAAAUAACGGACUGGAAAAUGUUUGCAACAAAGUUAUGAAAACAAAAUCUAGUCAAAUAUUUAGUAUGAAUCUUUUAUGGAAUUAAUAGAAAAGAAAAAUACUUUGGGUUGUGCUGUAAUUAAAAAAUAAAUAAACCAACCAAACUUUAUCUAUAUUGUACCAAUUUUUGAACAAAUAUUAUCUCCAGAUGCUUUGACGAAGAAGCAGGUCAAGAUCACAGUUCACAAUGAUUCGUUUUUUAUAAAGUUAGAUAGGUUGAGCUGUAAUCUCACCUAGAAAGAUAAGACCCAUUCUUAUCUAAUCUUAAUUCACCAUGAGCUUAACUUCCCACAGUAUUAUUUUUUAUAAAAUAUGAUAACCGGGUUAUCAUAUUUUAUGCCGCGCCUAUGCCACGCCGCCGGCGAGGAAUGAAAAUAGAGCCCCAUAUGUUACUAUACUCUCAGCGCUGUCUGCAGCACAUCAUUGACUUGCUGAAGAAUGAUGUAAAAAACCAAGUAAUUUUUUUUUUGAGAAACAACACUUUGAACACUCUUCUUUUUGUUAAACCAACCCAUAAUCUACAUAGAAAAACUCAAAAACCGGUAACUUCUUAUAUUUUUUACCAUUAAAUUUCAUACUGAAAUUUAAAAUCCUGCUCUGACCGGGCUGGAAUAUUCCCUCAUUUGCAAGUUUAUUUGAUCAGAAAAGUAGCCUCCGAUUUCCAGUGGAGGUUAAAAAGCACUGAGUUCCAUAUUAUAACAGUGGGAUACAAUUACUAUGUAUUUUUCAUUGUGUGUGUGACUGGGCUGCCCUGCCUUAAUCUAAUACAGCGAGAGUAUCUCAAACAAACCUGUCGCUGCAUAAAGAAAUAUGACCUUUAAUUAAUUUCAGCCCUUUCAUAAUGAGGAUCAUUUAAGGCUGUUUAAGGGGCCACACACAUCUUGAUCUGCUCCCAUUAGCUUUGUUGAUGAAUGAGCGCUUUCUCUCUCUGUCUUGCAGUCUGCGAUCAAAGGCCUGACAAUUGGCGGCCUGCAGGUGGUAUCGAUCACUGACAACACCCCCGUGCCACACAAUGGAUGCCGCCCACGCAAAGCCAGACGGACAUGACCUCAGCAAAGCCAGGAGUUGUGUGUGUGCUGUAAAAUGCUAAUAAAGUGUUGUGUUGUGUAACUCUA